AUGGAUGCCCUCAUGUCCCGCUUAGAUGCUAUUGCCACCAACCCGGAUCUCGCACCUUUCCUUGCGCUAGUGAAAGGUGUUCGCAAUGGCGCAGUGUACGGUGCGAAAGUACGGUUCCCGCAUGCUUUGGUCAUGAUCUUUCUCUUUCGCUCUGGAACCUUCCGAGAAAAAGCAAAGCUUGUUCUGAAAGCUACCCGCCAGCAUGCCCGCAACCUCGCAACCUUCGCCUUCAUAUACAAGAGCGCUAUGCUCGUGCUGCGGAAUGUCAACCCCUCUGGUGUUGGGAAAGAGGGCCGGUUCGACAGCUUCUUUGCUGGUUUGUUGGGAGGGUACGCGGUGUUCGGUCGGAACAAGACAAGUAUAACCCAGCAGAUUGUCAUCUACGUUUGCGCCCGUGUUUUCCUGGCUCUUGCCAAGCUGUCCGUACAACCGGACAUGCACCCCCUAUCUCAUCUCAUAACCCCCGGCACGCGGGCCGACAUAGAGAAACAUGCAUGGCCAGUAUUCGCAAGUCUUAGCUGGGCUAUGGUCAUGUACAUCUUCCGCUGGCAUCCGGACACCCUCAUGUCGAGUUUGAAGAGUAGCAUGGUUUACAUCUAUGCCGACUCCGAUCAUUGGGACUCAUUCCGCAAUCUCAUGAUUCACAAUAAAUAG